AUGCUCAGCUUCCAUCGCUUUCUCUCCAACCUUUCCUUGUUCUUAAUAUUCCCCUCAAUUUCACAAGCAGUAACACAUCAUCCUGACACAUCAGAGCUAGUUGUUAAAGUCUGCCGUCAAACAUCCAACUACACCUCCUGCGUUGAGACUCUCUACAGUGACUCACGAACUCCAGAAGCCGACAGGUUUACUUUGGCUGACAUUGCAUUCCGGUUAGCUGACGGCAAAGCCCACCAAGGUCAAGACUUCAUAACUGAGAUGCUCAAGAACCCCGGCCGCGACCGUGAUGCUCUCCUAACCUGUCAGGCUGAUUAUAAGAUAGCCAUUAAGGCUAUGAUAUCCGCCUUAAAUGACUUGAACUCCGAGACCUUUGUCUCUCUUCCACCUUUAGCCAAAAAAACUGGUAAGGCUGCUGCUCACUGUAAAUCUUAUUAUCCGCCUUUGACUUCCAACGCUCAGGAGCUUAUCCAUCUUUGUGAAAUAUGCACGGUCAUAGCUAAAUUAUUUAUAUCCGGUUAG